AUGAAUUUUCAAGUUACGAAACUGCCAGAGCUCGACGAUAAAAUAGGUGAUCCUGAUCAGCAUGUUUUACACUAUGAAACUGCCAUGACUCUGUGGCAGCACAGUGAUGAGUUGAUGUGCGAAAUGUUUCCAAAGUCACUGGCUGGAGGAGCAAUAAAGUGGUUCAAUAAACUCCUCUAUAAGGAGAAAAGCAUCAGACAGUUUACUCGACGCUUCAAGCAAGAGUUGGCCGAUGUCGAUGGAGCUAACGAUCAAGUCAUCAUUGCAGCCUACAAACAGGCAUACCAGCAUGAUCACAGGGGAGUGUACGUUUCUUCGGUCAAGAGACCAGCAAAUACUUUGGAAGAACUAUAUGAUCGAGCAGAAGAAUGCACUCGAGUGGAAGAUGAUUCCAAAUCUCAGGAGACGAGAGAUGUCAACAAAUCAUCCAAUCAUCCAAAUAAUGGGAAGAAAGACAAGUCAAAGAACCGUUCGAGCGGGCAGUAUAACGAUCGAGGUGAACUUCGAGAGAAAAACCAGGGGGAACAAAUGGAAACUGGAUAUCAGAAAUAUCAUGAUAUGAAGAUGACACCGUUGAACAUACGCCUUACAGAGCUGUAUGAGAAAAUAAGCAAGGAUUUGAGUCCCUCUAGUCCUUUGCCAGCAGAGACACGUGAUGAACGUGAUAAGAGAAAAUACUGCAAUUAUCCUAAAGACCAUGGUCACAAGACCGAUAAUUGCCGCGCUUUGCAUAUCGAGGUCCAGCGAAUGAUAGACGCUGGAAAACUACAAGAGUACGUGAAAAAGGAUUUUGGGAAAGUAACUGGACAGUUUGGCACAACACAUGUGAUUAACGCACAUGUAAUUAAUGUCAGUCACGCCAGGAUCCAUUCAAUGACCAGGCGGGCAUCGGAAGAUGAGACCAGGAGAAAGCUUAGGCAGUUAAAAGAAUGGUACUUGACAAAUCACAUCGAUUUUUUCAGUGGCAAUGGAGCAGAAAUUCGAGAGUUUGGGUGCACAAAGAUCGAGUUCUCUGCAGCAGACAUGAUAGGUGUAUAUGCUCCCCACAAUGAUGUUAUCGUUAUAACUGCUUGGAUUGGAAUGUUUUGUGUGCACCGGAUUCUAGUGGAUACAUGA